GGAGGGACUCGGGUCGGAAGCGCGGCCCGGCGGCCGAGGGGCUGCGGGGGGUGGCUUCCUGUCAUAUGCGGGUGUGUCGCAAAGCGUUUGUCUGCCGUGGAUGAGGACGAGCGGAUCUGGAAAAUGCACUGCAGGCGUUCAGGGAAGUGCAGCUCUCCCCUAGAAAUGAGCAGGAGCCCGUUCACCCCGCUGUGACCCAGCACAAGCACAGGCAAACUAAGCCACGUUAGUGUUACGGAUGAGUCCUCGGGUAGAGUGCACUGAUCAGGGUUAGACAGCAAGGCAAGCUUAGGGGUGAGCAAAUGGUUUGAGAGAGCUUUGCUUCUGAAAAUCAGGCAGCGCAUCCUCAGAUGCAGGUGCUGUCCAAAAAGCCCUCGGGCCCAGAUCAGCAAAACAGGGCCAGGCAGCAUCCAUUGCUUGCUCCCUCCUUGGGGGCUGCUCAAUUAAUUUCCCUAGUGCACUGGAAAGUUGUGUAGAGAUGUGGAGUAAUCCUGGGACUUACUGGAAUUUCUGCCUCUGAGGACAGGACAGAGAUCUGGAUCAAGGUCCUUGUAGCUCUUUUUUUUUUCUUUCUUUCUUUUUUCGGUUUACAGCUCAAAGCUAGGAAAAUGUCAAACUCUGAAGCAGAGUAGUAGCACUAAGUUUCAGUUACUAACCAGGCCUGGGUUCACCGCUGAUUACUUUGUCAGCAAAAUAAAAAGGUUGCUCAGGGCACCGACAGGAUAUGUGGCUGAGAAAGCGCCUUGCUGAGGGUUUGUUAGUCUUUAAUUCUGAUCUGCAGUUAAGCACUUCGCAUUCUGGCUUGUGAAUAUCACAGCGUGCUCUUGUAGCUCUCUUGCCAAACCACAGUUAUUUGCAACAUUUCAUUACACCAGCAUUUUCAUACUAAGAGGAGAGUUCACAGCUCUCUUUCGGUUCUGCGUGUCUGGUGACCUUUCACUUCAGAUCUUUUGGUGGCUUGGUAGCAGAGCUGUGAGUGUGGGUGUACACCCACAAUCGGGUCUGCAGGGAGGUUUAGGUAAAGCAAAUCUGGCUGUGCAGUGUUUCAGUCAAUGAAUGCAAUAUAUUUCAAUUGUUUUCAAUCUGCUACCAACACUGAACGGGACAUUGCUUCUAAAAUAUGCUGCACCAUGUACUCUGACAUGGUGAGAUGAGGUUUCUGGAUUUUUUUUAAAUUUCAAGCUGUUCAUGUACGUACUGGAGUGAGGCUUUGGUUAGAGCCAAGUUCAGCAGAGGAUGAUCAUACAAACCCUUGCUCAGCUAAGUACCUCACUGAAGUGCUUCCGAAGUUUCUGUUGACUUCAGUGUAAUCACUUGCAUGAUUGUGGAAAGGCACCCAGAGAACUAGUUGGCAUUAUCAAGUGAACCAGUGACAAAACAUGCCUUUACAUUCAGCACGGGACACAAGAUGUCUGACAUUUGAUUUUGAAUUUGUAGUGGAAGAAAAUGACCUAUGCCUACUUUAGAGAAGCUGUUUGCUAUAGGCAUAUACCCCAGCAUACUAUUCAAAUAUAGCCAUUUGUUUGGGAUCAGGUGAUCUAAGCAAAGCAAGAAGGGGUGAAAAUGGGAGCGUUACUGUUCUGCCAGUACUCUAUUCCUUGUUGUGACUUCAGGGACAUCCAUGGUUGCUGCUGUAAAUUUACAUGCUGCGUGACCCAUACUUUAUGAGAAUGUAUGCAUAAGGGACCUGAGUAGUCUUGUUGACAGUGUAAUCCACGGCAGACUGAUCACAAACAGCUCUUAUUUAUGACAAUGACCUGAUUCUAGACAGAAUAUGGCUCUAAAAGUGCAAACUGGACACAGGGAGAUGGAGAGGGAAAGGGCCCAGUCACAGUGAGCUACUGACUAAUGAUAUCAAAUGAAGAAUGACACUUCUAAUGCUUAGGAUCUUAGUACUUAUGAACCUUAAUAUCUGGAUUUUUUAGAUUUAUUUUGUUGUUAGAUUAAUUUAUCAUUCCAUCAUGAUAACUCAGCUAAAACCAGCAACUGCAGAAUACAAUUAUGAGAAGGGUUUGUCUAUUUGAUGCUUUCAAAGUCUCAAAUAUGUUAUGUUCUUUUUUCUUUGCACUGCUAAAGGUUUAUCUUCUCAUAUCUUCAGAAAAAAAAAUGCUAACAUUUCUGUAUUGAUUCCUUGCUUGGGUGCACUGUAAACAUGAGGUGCAUGCUACAUACAGGUGUAAGUGGUAAGUAAAAUCAUGGAACUGGCAUCCAUUAGUAAUGGUUAUAUUUGCACUGGAUCCCAAGAAAUUUCCAUCCUGGACAGAGGACUUUUAGGUACUCUGCAUGUUUUAUAUAGAUAUCUACAGAUGGAUUUAGUUACAUAAUACUGAAUUUCAAGAUCAAACAUUUGGGGGAAAAAUCAAAAUAAGGAAUAUGUGAAAUGGACACACACCAAAAUAAUAAAAAGUAAUAUUGUAAAAUAUUUAGAUUUAACCGUGAGAGUUUCAGGGCUGGUUUUUUGCUGUUGUUUUGUUUUUCAAUUUAGUGAUCUCUUCCCCUGUUAUAAUCUGCACUAGACAAAGUUACUUUGUGAGAAGUAACGUUACAAUGGAAGAUUCGUGAAGAAGCGUGAGAACCAUUUGCAGUUAGUUCUCAGAAAUGGUCUAGAAAGACAUUUUCCCUCUCUUUCACUCUUUCUAGAUUUUGCAUAAGCAUCACCAUUUCACUCAGAGCAAAGACUGUCCUGCUUAAAGAAUGAAGAGUAUUCAGAUCUUCAGGAUACAUUAAUGCUGUAGACAGCAAAAGACACUUCUUGCAGUUUCGUUUUAGUUAGCUUCUUCCUCUCUGGGUUGGGACACAGUGUAGGAGCCAAACAUGUGUUUUGAGUCAUCCAUUCACCAAAUCAUACUUGAUUAAUAAGCAGUUCAAAGGGGAUUUUCUCAAAGCUGCAUGUCAGAAUCUGUGUGAUCAAUGUUUCUAUAACCCGCCCUCCUGGAGAAACCUGGUCUUCCAUCACUUCCAUUAUACCACUUUGGACAGCUUUUCAACAUCACUUUUAACUAGAGCUGAUUUGAUAAUAAAGAAGCCUGUCAGAGGGGAAAUCUCAGUGCUGUAAGACCACAGCUGCUUUAUUUUAGUAACAGGUGGAAAGCUGUUCUGAAGAUCCUGCAUAAUAAAUACUUUCUGAACAAAGAAACAUCAGAUUUAAUUACACUGAAGAGUUGUUAAAAUGUUACAAAUACGGAAAAUUUUCAGGGUUUUUUUCUUGCUAAUACCCGUUUCUGACACACUGAGAGCAUCUACUUACUCUCUGUUUAUUUCACUUCCUCGAGAAGUAGUUAAGUUCCAUGAAGCUCACCAUCAGGAACUUUUAAAAAUGAACAAUGUCCUGCAAUUACUUAAAAGUAUGGCAUCACUGCAAAACACAAUCAACUCCUUUGGAGUUUUCAAAUAUUGACAGUGAAGUUACAAUGUUUAGAGUCUCAGGUCUUAUUUCAGUGUUUGCCAUCGGUGAAGAAAUAUUUUUAAAUUUUAUGACCACUUGAAAGGGUGCUUUAGCUUUAUCUGGAGAAAUGAAUUCAGGGAGGGGAAGAUUUCUUACAUUAAAAAGAAUUGUUUGAAGCUGCGAAAUCACUUUUCCUUGAUUCUACGAAGUGCUGUUACCUACUGGAUUCAAUAAAUCAAGCAGAAAUAAAAGUGUAGUUUUUUCCUUAAAUCCAGAUAAUUAUGUGGAAGUGUAAGAGUAGGAGUAAUACCAAUACUAUGGUAGGAAAAAAAAGGACAUGGUUAGACAUAAUAUUAACAUAUUAAACAUUUACACAGGGUGGAAAUACAAAGUAGAAACUGAUCAAAUGAGUUUAAUCUUUCAGUAUGAUCUGUCAUAGUAGCUGAUGAGUUGCACAUAAACAAACACUUCAAAAUCUUCCACAUAAAGUAUAUAUAUUUAUAAUCUAAUAGUGCAACAAUAAACAAGUAGGCUUAUUGAUCAGAAAUAUCUGAGCUAUCACAACAAUAACACAUUCUGUCCAAUAACUUUGUUCAGUUUAACUGGUUAUAUUAAAGAAGCAGGCAUUUUUCACUUUUCCAAUUUUCUAGUCAUGGAUUCUAUAAAAACACUAUAAAAAUUAUAGAAAAUGCUUGGCUAAUUUUUAAUGUUAGUAUUCUAACAUCUACUCUGAGCACUCUGCUCAUUGUUGUACCAACAGCUAUCCAACAGGAACCUUGAAAAGUUAAGAUAAUUCAGUACAGUGACACCAUGGGAGAUUUAUAUAUAAAAUUGUCCUGGUGGUUUUGUAAGUGGCAGCAAGUUGCAGGGACAAGAGCAAGGGAGCUGUGUUGUUCUCUAUUCAGUCCUGGGACCUCUCACCCUUUUGUGAUGGUGUGCCAUUAUUUAUCUCCAAAACCUUGUCAGGCAGCUCCAAGAAUGAGGGUGCCUGCUAGCAACAAAUGCUCAUUGAUUCCCCAGCAUCCUGGGGAAGGGCAGCAUUCAUCUCUUGCCCUACAAACUGUGCCAGUUGCAGCAGUGGCACUACAGGCUGAGCCUGGCAGACUGAAUGUCAGCUGUUUUGUAACCCACUCCAACAGCUGUGCACGGGAUAGCAAAGAGACUUGUGAUUCCUUGGCAAAGGGGAAAUGGUUUCUGUCAGCAGACUCUAAGGGACUGGCAGUGGCAGAGGAAGGGUGGCAGCAGCCAGACCAUUGCCUCCUGCCCAUCAGCCCUUUGCUCUCCCUGUCCUCCUGCUCUCUGUCUCUGUGUCACACUAUCCCUCUUCUCUGUUAGCACUGGGAGCAUAGAGAUCAACAGCUCUGCUGUUGGUUAGGAGCAGGCCCCACAGGAGAGCCCUGCCUGGGGCUGAGAACCCACAGGGGCAACACCUCGUCCUUGUGGCCAUCGCCAGCUCUCCCCCUCCCCAGCACUGCCAGGGACAGCCCUCCCUGCUUCCUCAGCAGCAGAAAAUGAACUGGGUGGGUGGCAGCCGGAGCAGAGUCAUACUAAAGCAGGAAAGGAGAAAGCAAAAGGAAUUCUUUGAAAAGAAAAAACUUAAAUCAAAGAUGAAGCUUCUGGGAGUAUCAUCUCCUAAAAGUUCAGCAGUCAGCUUAGAUCUCCUCAAUCUAUAUGUUGUUAACCAGAUAUCGACCAAAAAAGACAGCACUGGCAACCUGAAAAAGCCAGUCCAUGUUGAUAUAACUGAAAAUGUAAAGGCACCUUUUAGAAGGAGCAACCUAGAGCUUCCCAAGUCACCACUACGAAACCAAUUUACAGCACACUUAGAUGACAUCAAGAACAGGUUACAAGAGCAAGUACUGGACAGCAGAAGGCAGCAUCUCUUAGAAAAAGAAAAAUACCAACAUAAAUUAACACAAGUAACAGAACUAACUUAUGCUGAAUGUACGGAACAUGAAGACAACACAGCAACAACUUUUAGCACCUGUCCAUUGUCCCCUUCUAUUUUUUGGUCCUCUAACUGUGCACAGUUUUCAGAAGAAAAUUUCAAUACAAAACUAAUGGGUGACCCUUGGGAACAGACUUACGAAGAUAAGCUAAAGAAACAGUCAAGAAGUAUUUCUGAGCAAGACCCUUGGAUUUCAAAUCACUCAAGCCAGUGUAUUUUCAGGAAGUCUGAGACAGAGCCUCAGGAUCUACUUGAGCCAUUGCACAGGCUAGACUAUAUGAAUUCUGCCAGGAAAGAUCCAGUGAUAAUGGCCAGUAAAGAAUCAGAAAACACUGAAGGAAUAAAAGAACUAUUGUUUGGUGUCAUGAAAGAAACUGCAGACCUGAGAGUUCCUCAAGAUGAAACUGAUUGUCCCUUUCUGUCCCUGUUUGGAGACGAGAGCCAACCAAUCUAUAAUAAAGCUUCCACAAAGCAUUGUAAUCCUUUUGUUAACCAAAACACUGCUCCCGUUUUUCUCAUUGAUCCCGAUGAUAGCAAUCAAAUGACCAACAGAAACUAUACAUACAAUAGUGGAGAGGCUCAUCCUGCAAUUAAUGCAAGAAAAAAUUCUGUAGACAGACACCGUAAAGGGCUUUUCACAGCUCCAGAACAGGCUUUAUGUAAAAACAACAAUGCACCACUUGCAAACUACAAGAGAAGCAGCCUUCAUAAAACCCACCUUCAGGACAGUCAUGAUGGACAGCUCUACUUGAUUUCGCCUGGGAACAAAGAGAAACCCUCAACAUCUGAAAACAGUGAAACAUAUGCUUAUUAUCGUGAUCAGCAGAUUAAUUUAAAGGAGAACAUGCAGAACAAUUUAAGAAAUAAAAGAGAGGAACCUGUGAAGGAAUCGGUCUGGAAACAGAACCAGCUUUUUGAAUUAGAAGAGUUUGUAAAAGCACAGCGGAAAGAGUGCAACUCCGGAGUGAGCUCAAACCUUCACAGGAUGGAGCAGGGUUAG